UUACGGUGAGAAAAAUGGACAUAGCUCUGUUCUCACCAUCCUCGCUCUUUACUGAAGACGAUGACUCAUCUGCUGAUGAGGAAACCACAGAGACUUGUCAGAGCUUUGUGGAGAGGACCCACCAGUUCCCUGAAAUGGAGUUACUUAUUCGGGAGUUUUCUUUUCACGAACUGAAUGCUAAUUUACUCUGGCCAGGAACAUUUGCAUUUGCGGAAUGGUUAGUUCAACACAGGUCAUGGAUAGAAGGACGCCGCUGCAUUGAAUUGGGCAGUGGCACUGGAGCUUUGGCCAUUUUUCUCAGAAAAGCAUUUCAUCUUGACAUCACCACGUCUGACUAUGAUGAUCAGGAAAUUGAAGAGAACAUUGCUCAUAACUGCAAGGCAAAUGGAAUUAAACCUGUCCUUCCUCAUAUAAAGCAUUCGUGGGGAGAGGCUUUUCCAAUUGUGACCCCAGAUUGGGACCUUGUUAUAGCAAGUGAUAUUUUAUUGUAUGUAAAACAGUAUCCAAACUUGAUAAAAUCUCUUUCCUUUCUCCUCAAAUCUUACAAGCCAAAAACUAACAAAGCAUACCUUCUCACGGAGAAUGAGCAGAAUGAUGGGCUGCCCUAUCCUGCAUUUUUGAUGAGCUGGAGACGCAGAAUUGGGAAGGAGGAUGAGUCACUUUUCUUUAGUGGUUGCGAAAAUGCUGGUCUUGAAGUGAAGCAUUUGGGAUCCCGUGUGUAUUGCAUUAAACCUAUAGACAACUGUGACAUGAGCUGAUAUAGACGACAGUUGAACCAGAUUUUCGAUUGUGAAAGAUAGCUGCUAUGGAUCUAUGACUCGCUGACUGAAUCAACAAUUUCGAGUUUGAGAACCAACAAUGGCACUCCUUUUUUGGCUUCUGAAACUCCCUGUUGUGUGUUUACUGGAAUUCAUAAACAGUUAGAAAAAAAGGGGUUUUCAAAGAUUAGAUGAAAGUCUAGAACUACCUUUAAUUCUUUCCCUGAUGAAGUUUGUCCUGAAAUUUGUAUCUUCAUAAUGGAGCCGUGAGGGUAGUAUGUAAAAUGGGUUUAAACUUUAAA